GUUAGAGUUAGGCUUAGGUUACUUUUAGCAUUUUAGUGUUAGGCAUAGGUUCCUGUUCUUGAGUUAGGCAUAGGUUACUUGUAGUCUUUUAGUGUUAGGCAUAGGUUCCUGUUCAUACUUGACAGUUAGGGGUAGAUUGCUGGUGUCAAGUGGCAGUGAGCAGCGCUCACUCGGUAAGCACACGCCUGAUUGAUCCUGCGAAGACAUGAGUGCGAGUGCCGUGAGCACGGAGGCCCGAUGGCAUCUUGGAUGGGUUGAAUUUCCAGCUUGUGACUUUUGUGUUGCAGACCGUCGAGGAGCAGAGUGUGAGUGGCUGCGCCAUUGCGUUGGGCCUCAGGAGAACAGUGUGUGACUGUGUGUCGAGCAUCCUGCGUGGCCGUUGCCAGAAAGCAGCCUCCUGGAGAGCAGCAGAGCAGCAGGCUGUCUGCGCUAUGGCCGCUGAAGUGCAUUUCUCGGCCCCUGAGAUCCCUGAGCCCACGCUGAUGGAGACCGUGCUGCGCUACGGCCUCUUCUUUGGAGCCCUUUUCCAGCUUGUGUGCGUGUUGGCCAUAAUGCUGCCAGUUCCCAAGUGCCCAGAGACAACCGUCGAGGAGCAGAGUGUGAGUGGCUGCGCCAUUGCGUUGGGCCUCAGGAGAACAGUGUGUGACUGUGUGUCGAGCAUCCUGCGUGGCCGUUGCCAGAAAGCAGCCUCCUGGAGAGCAGCAGAGCAGCAGGCUGUCUGCGCUAUGGCCGCUGAAGUGCAUUUCUCGGCCCCUGAGAUCCCUGAGCCCACGCUGAUGGAGACCGUGCUGCGCUACGGCCUCUUCUUUGGAGCCCUUUUCCAGCUUGUGUGCGUGUUGGCCAUAAUGCUGCCAGUUCCCAAGUGCCCAGAGACAGACUCGGACGGCUUGGAGUCUAAGACUUGGGAGACCGUGAAGAAACCAAAGGCAAGUGCUGCACAGCUGAGCAAGAAAGCCAAGAAGGAAAGCAAAAAGAAACGGUGAGGGCUUGAGCGCUAAGCCUCAAAGGCCACAGGGAGCAGCGGGAAUGCUUCGUGAGAGGUGCUCCAAAGGCAGCGCACUGUACGCCUGUUUUGUGGCGUGGCCGUGCUUUCCCUUGCAUGGACAUUGGAGAGGAACUGAGGAAGCUGGAAGGGCUUCUGAUGCGUGACCAACAAAUGGGACUUUGCCUGUGCGGGAUUUCAUGUCUGGCAAGAGCUGGGGACGCUGCAUUCCUUCAGGGUCUGUCUCUUCAGGACCAGGGACAAUCUUGUGUUAGCUUGAAAUAUGGCUAGACAGGACUGGAGAGAGAGGUGGUGACAUAGCCACAGAGUCUCUGUAAGGCAUCUGGAGCUUCCUGAUGCCAGCUCACAUCUUGGUUUGUUUGAUCACGAAUGAGUCAAUGGGAGGAGAACCUGCUGUGUUAGGUGCCCCAGGGCUCAGAGUGGCUUUGAAAGAAAGGGUUCUGUGGCGGGGCUGCAAGUCUGCCAUCCUUUUACAUUCACAGACUGCCGUCCUCAAUUGAGCAACGCACUGUGAGCCCAGGCACAGUAGCAGUGCUGUGCUGGGUCUCUUCUCUACCAGAAGCCUAGUGGCACAUUUGCUGGAACCAUCGGUUUGAGAAGGACCAUGUUGCUGCCCUCCCUUGCUGUUGGUGGAUGAGUUGGUGGGCAGCAUGAGGAGAACAGAACAAAGCAUGUGAGACAAAAGCACUCCAAAGUUGCUUGGAGAUCUCAGGACAAAGAAACAUGAUGAAAUUUUCUCACACCAACAAUAAAGACUAAUAUUGAUCUGUGAGUUUCCAUGAAUGAGGAUGGUAGUUGUUUUUUUUAAUCUUGUCCUUCUGCGGGUUCCCUGAAGAUGGGUUCUGUUGCUUUCUUCUAACAGAAGUACAAAUACUGAAAGAGUAAUGCACACGUUACCCAAAACACAGGAGUGCUUCCACAAGCAAGCAAUGGUCAGCAAUGAGCCCUGUGUGGUUUCUCCUUCUGUCUGAGUUGAGGCUGAAUGACUCAUUUCUAAGUGGAAUUCCUGGAUAUGGGGGUUUUGUUUUGAGGGGAGGGGAGGUGGGAUUAUGCUGUCUUUGCAGUUGGUUCCUAACAGCUUGAUACUCGUUUCAAAAUGUUAUUAGCUGAACUAAUAGCAUGUCUUUAGUAAUUGCCAAUAUCUUACAUAUUUUAUUCUAUUUUCUGUUGAAAUAUAUGUAUAUAUAAUCACUGUUUCAAAUAAAAACAAAAGUAACUUUUUAAAAAUCA